UCACCAUUUAAAAAUUCCUCGAUUUUGCGAUUUUUCCGUAAUAAAGUAACUAUAAAUUCAAGUGAAACUAGAACGAUCUUGGAAAUUAACGUGCAAGCAGCCAACGUAAAGUGUUAAUUACUCAAAAUUAUCCUUGUUUCGUGCCGAAAAUUCGUGUGCGAAAUCUCAGUCAAGCCAACCAACAAGGCAUCAUCAUCAUCACUCGCUCGCGAAAUAAAAAUACAGCAAAAGUUCCGAUCCGCAGGCACUUUGAAGCCACGAAAAACCUGCUAAACAAAUGCAAAUCCGCUAGAAGUCCGCCGAAAAAAGCUGCAAUAUCCGAAAAAAAUCGCGGAUAUUGAGAAAAAAAAUAAAAAUAAGAGAAUUGUAGAUUUUUUGUAUGCCCGCAGUCCCACCAAGUUGCGCGACUCGUGGUUGAUUAUUUAACUCUUUGUUAUUUUUUUCCGACAAUUGGCAGAAAAAAAAUAAUUUGUUGUGAUACGACGACGACGACGACGCGACAGAAUUAAAGUUAAAAGCGAAAAAAAGUCGCGGCAAAGACAAUAAAAAAAAAUACUUCUAAAAAAAAAAUAAAAAUUCAUCAGACAUGAAGCAAAAUAACACGAGAAAAGCUCAGAAUCAGCGGACAGGCAAUGCCAGGCCAAAGGGAAAAGUCGUGCCCACAGAAGGUGUCUACAAUAAUCAUCCGUAUAUGCAUGCAGCGACCUCACAAGUUGGAAAUAUUGUGUAUGUCCGAACGCAAUCGGGAGCCAUUUAUGAGGGUAUUUUUCGUACAUUUUCACCAAACUUUAGUGUCGUGUUAGAAGUCGCCCACAAAGUUGACACAAGUAACGGAGACGAGCCUCAAAUUGCCCUAGAAACCGUAUGCAAUACAUUUGUGUUCAAGCCAGACGAUAUUGUCAGUAUUCAUGCGAAGAAUGUUGAUUUGGAUUAUGCAACGCGAGAUACAUUUGCCACGGACACCGCAAUUUCAAAGCUGAACGGAAACUCGCGCUCCGAAGACCGUGAACUCGAGCCGUGGGACCCAUCGGGCAGCGAUUGUCUCACGAACGGCGACUACGAUCUCAGUUUGCAGCUGGAAGACGAUUCACAUGGCUGGGAUGCGAAUGAAAUGUUCCAGAAAAAUGAGAGUAUCUAUGGUGUUCAGUCAACGUUUGAUCCGCAAUUAGCCGGCUACACGGUGGGCAUCAAGAAAAAUACAGAAGAUUACAGGGAAAUUGAACUUGCGGCAGCAAAGAUUGCCAGUGAGAUUGAGAACAAUCCAGUGUAUCUUGAACGAGUCGAUUUGGAGAAUAACGACGAACUAGAUGACGAAGAGGCAAAGUUUUCAGCGGUAAUACGAGACAACAAUUCAUCAUCGCCACUGCCCCAAAGACAGACAAACAGCAAGGAAUCCGCGUCGUCGCGCCAAAGCGAACAACGAUCCGACUCGACGUCGUCCUCCGCACAAGUAACGAGCAGCAACAACACCAGAGAAACGCACAACAAUAACAAUAACCGCGAAUCGCGUGGCAGCGAAACACCCCGCGACAGUAAUAAUCGCGCGGAAAAUCACGUAGACAAAGCCCAAUCGCCGCCGACAGUGCAACACCCGGCAAUUCCCCAAGUUUCUGCUCAACCCGAACGCAUAUCGAAUCAGGGCUCGCAAGAGCGAAGUCACCAUCCGCAUCAUCAUCAGCAUCAUCCGCAGCAGCAGCAGCAUCACAGCGGAAAUAACGCCAACAACAUGCCGAACCCGUCGAUGCAUUUGCAGCAACAAAACAUGAACAACACCAAUAAUGUGCCCUCGGCCUCGAAAUAUGUGCCGCAUGCCAAAACCGGUAAAAUGGGUAAAGGCAAUCGCACGAUGCGCGGUACGCCGCCUCCCAAUAACAACUCCGCAAGUGGUCCGCCGACGCCUCAGAGCCCGCACACGCCCCAAGUGCCGCAGCAUCAGCAACAACAGGGCGGCAAACAGAACAACUACAUGUUACAGCAGCAACAACAACCCCAAAAUAUGGGACCAGCGCCGCAAUAUCUCGCCCACGGGACGCCUCUCUACACGCAGCACGUUCACAAUCAAGCGACUGCCGGCAAACUCAACGGGCAAGACCAAAAUAACGCGAAUCAAAACAAUAAAAUGGGUCAGCGAUCGUACCGAUACCCGCAAAAUACGAAUGUUAAUGCGCCGCCGCCGCAAAAUGUCGGUCCCCAGAUGAAAAAUAUUCAACCGCAGCAACUGCAAAUGGGCAAACCGAUUCAUCAUGUGCAGUUAGCGCCAUCUCUCGGUCAUAUGCCGCCGCCAGAUGGUCAAACAGCGACACAUAUCGUGGUUCCGCAUCAAAUUGUCGUUCAACCGCAGGCGAUUCUGCAAGCGCCCGCCGGUAUUCCCAACCAAAGUCCGAUGCCGCAACGCCAGCAACGCUCGCGCGACGAAACCACAGAAAAUUUGCGUAAAUUUCACAAUAAUUUCAAGAUGGAUACGUCGUCGCAGCAUCCGCAAGAUGCCCGAAAUCAACAAUCGCAGCAGCAACAACAGCAGCAAAAUGACAAUACGACCCAGCAACAGCAGCAGCAGCAGCAAAUUCAACAUCAGCAAUCGCAACAAGGCAAACCGCAGCGGGAACAGCGUCAUCAACAGCAGCAAAAUCAACAGAAUCAACAACAACAGCCGAUUGUUAAUGACGCCGCUGCGCAUCAAAUGCAAAUGCAGCCGCCGCAGCAACAGCAACAAACGCCAAAUGCGCCAUCUCAACAUCCGCAAGGCCCGCCGCCGAAAGAUGCGGGCGACAAUGGCGCCUCAAGUACUCCGGGAACCAAGAAAUUCGUACUUAAUCCAGCUGCGAAGCCAUUUACGCCACGUACGCCGGCAACACCAAGUGCUACGAGACCGCAAAAUUCGCGACCUCAUACCCCCCAAACGCCAAGUUCGACGAUGCAAACACAAGUUAUGGCGUAUGCGCCUCCCCACACGCCCGGACCAAUUGUCGCUGCGUCGCCAAAUCAACCGCAAAUGAUGACAAUUCCGACGUACGUGGUUCAGCAGCCGUUCCAGGCGCCGCCCCGACAACCAAAGCGCCCUCUAGGAGUUCAACCAUCAGCGUCGGUGCAAGUUGCCGCAGCUACGGGUCAACCGUUGUUAGCUCCAGGUCCAGGGCCUUUUGUGUAUCCACAACCACCGUUCCCGCAAGCGUACACGUUCCGCAUGCCAUUCGAUGCGGCGUCGGGACAACAAAUUCAGUAUAUUACUGCGACACCGCCAUCGACUACGCCGUCGCCGGGACAGGCGCAGCAAUUCCAUCCGGGACCACAGCCAUCGCCCGCAAGUCAAGCAGCUACGGCUUACAUGCCAAUUCAGCAACAAGGACCGCAUGUAUCAUUUCCCGUGCUAACGACAAACGGACCCCAAAUCAUACACAGUCAAUAUUUCCAACCGACUGCUGGUCCCCAUGGACAACCCCAGCCCUAUAUCCUAAUGCAACAACCGCAGCAUCCGAGCACCCAGUAGCAUACAACCAACGCGAGCGCUAGCACAAAUGUUACGGCUCGUCCUCCGCCCAUCAUAGUGCACACGGCGACCCCCACGGGCGUCAGUACGACGACAAAUUCCCAUCAGCAAUCGCAAGCGUCGCAUCAGCAGCAACAACAGCAACAGUCCCAACAACAGGCCCAGCAAACACAACAAAAUCAAUAUCAUCACCAUCAUCAUCCGACUCUGACGCAGCAAAACCACACAAAUGCCCUGAAAUUGCAACAGCAGCAGCAGCAGCAACAACAACAACAGACAUACUCUCAUCACCAUCCCCAACUAGGUAACAAUAAUUAUCAUAAUAAUAGUAAUAGUAACAACAACACAUCAAGACCACAGCGGAGAAAAUAAGGUUUGUACAUAUGAAGCGCGUGCUAGAAGUUAAAAAUAAAUCAUAGAGGUAUUAAUUAAAACAGAAAAAAAACAUUAAAAGUAAGAAACAUCCCAAAAUUAUUAUUAUUGUCUUGUAAAUAUACUGAAAAAAUUCUAAUAAAAUAUCCGAAAAGUUUCUACUCUU